UCUUUCCUACAGUGCUAAAGGAGAGGAUUAUUCCACUGCUAUUUUGCGCCAGAAGCAUCGUCCAAACCGUCUUAUUGUGGAUGAAGCUGCAAAUGAAGACAACAGUAUUGUGUGUCUGUCUCAGGCCAAGAUGGAGGAAUUGCACUUGUUCCGUGGAGACACAGUGCUGCUGAAAGGGAAGAAACGUCGGGAGACUGUGUGCAUUGUUCUUACAGAUGACUCCUGCCAGAGCGAGAAGAUUCGUAUGAACCGUGUAACCCGCAACAACCUCCGUGUGCGUCUUGGGGAUGUGGUCAGUGUCCAGGCCUGUCCAGACGUCAAGUAUGGAAAGAGGAUCCAUGUACUACCUAUUGAUGACACCAUUGAAGGCUUGACGGGGAACCUUUUUGAAGUUUACCUCAAGCCGUACUUUCUGGAGGCUUAUCGACCUGUGCACAAAGGUGACAUUUUUCUGGUGCGAGGUGGAAUGAGGGCUGUGGAGUUUAAGGUGGUUGAGGUGGAUCCCACUCCCCACUGCAUUGUGGCUCCUGACACCAUCAUCCACUGUGAGGGGGAGCCCAUCAAACGAGAGGAUGAAGAGGAGAACCUCAAUGAUGUUGGCUAUGAUGAUAUUGGAGGCUGCCGUAAACAAUUGGCUCAGAUUAAGGAGAUGGUGGAGCUACCACUGAGACACCCAGCACUCUUCAAAGCUAUUGGUGUGAAGCCUCCACGAGGGAUUCUUCUUUAUGGUCCUCCUGGCACUGGGAAAACACUUGUGGCCCGGGCUGUGGCAAAUGAAACUGGAGCCUUUUUCUUCCUUAUCAAUGGCCCAGAAAUUAUGAGCAAAUUAGCUGGGGAAUCAGAGAGCAACUUGCGCAAAGCAUUUGAGGAAGCUGAGAAGAAUGCUCCAGCCAUCAUUUUUAUUGAUGAACUGGAUGCCAUCGCUCCUAAAAGGGAGAAGACACAUGGGGAAGUGGAGCGCCGGAUUGUUUCUCAGCUCCUUACUCUUAUGGAUGGCCUGAAGCAGCGAUCACAUGUGAUAGUCAUGGCUGCUACCAAUCGACCCAACAGUAUUGAUCCAGCCCUGCGUCGGUUUGGGCGUUUUGACCGAGAAAUUGACAUUGGGAUCCCAGAUUCAGUGGGAAGGCUGGAAAUCUUGCAAAUACACACUAAGAACAUGAAACUGGCUGAUGAUGUGGAUCUGGAAAAGGUGGCCAAUGAAACACAUGGGCAUGUGGGUGCUGAUUUGGCAGCGUUGUGCUCUGAGGCAGCACUCCAGGCAAUUCGGAAGAAGAUGAACGUCAUCGACUUGGAGGAUGACACUAUCGAUGCUGACAUCCUUAACUCCAUGGCUGUCACCAUGGAUGACUUUCAGUGGGCUCUCGGCCAGAGUAACCCCUCAGCACUACGUGAGACUGUAGUAGAAGUGCCGCAGGUCUGCUGGGAUGAUAUUGGGGGUCUUCAGGAAGUGAAACGUGAGCUGCAAGAGCUGGUGCAGUUCCCAGUGGAGUAUCCUGACAAGUUCCUGAAGUUUGGGAUGACGCCAUCAAGAGGUGUUCUGUUCUAUGGACCGCCUGGGUGUGGCAAGACCCUGCUGGCCAAGGCCAUUGCCAACGAGUGCCAAGCCAACUUUGUCUCCAUCAAGGGUCCUGAGCUGCUCACCAUGUGGUUUGGAGAAAGCGAGGCCAACGUCCGUGAUGUUUUUGACAAGGCCCGACAGGCAGCACCCUGUAUCCUGUUUUUUGAUGAACUGGAUUCUAUUGCCAAGGCACGGGGUGGUGGCGCAGGGGAUGGUGGAGGCGCAGCUGACCGUGUUAUCAACCAGAUCCUUACAGAGAUGGAUGGCAUGACCAACAAGAAGACAGUUUUCAUCAUUGGUGCCACCAAUAGACCAGACAUCAUUGACCCAGCCAUUCUACGCCCAGGGCGUUUGGACCAGCUCAUCUACAUCCCGUUGCCUGAUGAGAAGUCACGUGUGGCCAUCCUGAAAGCCAACCUACGUAAAUCACCUGUUGCCAAGGAUGUGGACUUGAAUUAUCUGGCUAAAAUCACACACGGCUUCUCGGGCGCAGACCUCACUGAAAUCUGCCAACGUGCCUGCAAGCUCGCUAUCCGCGAGGCCAUCGAGAUGGAGAUCAAGGCAGAACGGGAACGUCAGCGUCACAAAUUUGCUGCCAUGGAUGAUGAUUAUGAUCCAGUGCCAGAGAUACGCCGUGAUCACUUUGAGGAAGCGAUGCGCUUUGCACGCCGCUCAGUCAGUGAUAACGACAUACGCAAGUAUGAGAUGUUUGCCCAAACGUUACAGCAAAGCCGUGGCUUUGGUAACUUCAGGUUCCCAGCAGGAAAUCAGAACAGUGGUGGAACAGGCAGCACUGGAAGUAACAGUGGGCAAGGGAGUCUUUUCCAGGAAGAGGGUGAUGAUGAUCUCUACAACUGAUCACCUGAGGAAUGCCUAUAUUUGCUGGAACCAUUGGCUUCCUCUGCUUACUUGUUACCAUCUCUUUCUUAUGAAAUCUGGAGUGUGAGGCCCAGCAGCCCGCUCUCUUCCACCCUUCUAUGCAAAUUCUGGCAACAAACAACUCACAGUUAAUUAUAAUAUAUGAGGCCAGGUGCCUCCUCCCAAAUAUUUUGAGUGGUGUGGCUGCGACUGUGGAUGUUGUGGCUUAUCCUGUCCUUGUGCCUUAUCAGAUGUUAAGACAGUACCCAGUGACUUUCACUGGGGGAGCCAAUGCCCAAGCAUCUGAAGAACCCCACUGGAUCAGACCAAAAGCCCAUCUAGUUGAGCAGCAGCCAGGCAGACGCCUCAAAGCAGGAUGUGAAGCUCUCCAUCCUUUUGCCUUGUCUCCAGCAGUCCCUUGCUAGCACCAGUUCCUUUUAGGACACAUGCUGAUGGCUCCUUAUUUAGAACCAGGCUGCUGGGAGCUUUGCUGUCUUCCAGCUCUACUUGCUAGCAACACAGCCUGCUCGCACUGGCCCUGUCUGCCUUACAGCUUCCAGAAUAUGAUGAUUCAUGAGGCUAAUGAACUCCAGUCUGUAUCAUCAGGUGACAGAGGCAUCUGGCUAUAGAAUAAACUGGAAUUGCAUGCCCCUGGUCCUGGGAAAAGCUUUGUGAAACGUGUCAGAUAAUAAAGGCCUGUGUUAUGGUG